UUGAUUUGUCAUAAAAAAAGUUGGCUGUUGGACGCAUACGUAACGUUUUACGUUAUGUUAUUUAUUAAUUACAGCCACUUAUAUUUGCUGAAUACUUCCAUUUGACACACAUUUACAAAUUUAUAAGUAAUAUUUAAGUGUAUAAAAAGUUUUAUUCAUUACUAUGGCGUCGCUAGCGUUUAAAGUCAAAAGUAAAAAUGGUCAGCAAGUAUUGAAGGAUUUGACCUCUGAAAGUACUGUGGGUGAAUUAAAAGUGUUUCUCUCGAGCAUAUCGGACGUUAGCUGCGAGAGGAUUUGUGUGCUGUGUGGUUAUCCGCCCAAACCAAUAGAUGUUAGUAACGAUAGCAAAAAGUUGAGUGACAUUGGGUUGAAGACGGGCGAAACUUUGAUCGUCGAGGAAAAGUCGCCUCCCGCGACCCCGACUGUUGUUAAGCCCGAUAUUCCAACGCCCGUGGAGAACGGAGUGUCGCACAACUCAAUAGAACCCUGUAGACCGGGGAUUUUGAUGAAGAAAGUGGUCCCUUCUGAUAAUUCAUGUCUCUUCACUAGUAUAGGUUUUGUAUUAAAUGGAAAUGUAGACACAUCGGUUCACACGCUGAUGCGGCAAAUCAUAGCUAUGGAGGUGGCGAGUGACAAUGACACAUACAAUGAAGCCCUGCUGGGGCGGCCCAAUGCUGAGUACUGUGCCUGGAUCCAGCAGCCCAGCUCCUGGGGGGGUGCUAUAGAGGUUGCAAUCCUAUCAAGAUUUUACGGCUUGGAAAUGGCAGUAGUUGAUACAUUAAAUGCAAUUAUAAAUAGAUUUGGAGAAGAUAAAAAUUAUGGACAGCGAGUGUUCCUUCUAUUUGACGGCGUACACUAUGAUCCACUGUAUUUAGAACAAUCUGAUGGUGGAAUACAAACAGUAUUUCCCGCAGAAGACAUGGAAAUCUACCACGAAGCUGAACAAUUAGCCCACGAGGCCAAGUCCUCGCGUCAGUUUACGGACCUUAACAAAUUCACGCUCAAGUGCAUGAUCUGUGACAAGCUCCUCAAAGGGCAGGUGGAGGCUCAGAGGCAUGCGAAGGAAACCAUGCACACGAACUUUGGCGAGGUUUAGGAUAUCGAAUUAUAUGAAUUGUUUU